AUGUCGCUGGAUCAGCCGGCCCAGAACCUCACAGAAAACAGUACGGUGGAUCUGAUAACCCAGGAAUUGGGUCGCCGGCUUUUCUAUGUCACCUUGGUAGGAUAUCAGACUCUGCAUCAGAUAGGUUCUUCAGACAUCAAAGUUCAUAUACCCCCGGAGACUCCAAGUGAUCGGUAUCCACCGCUCCCGCUCGAAAUCGAUGACGAGUUCCUCUUCUCAACCCAUGUCAGCCCUCAGCCUGCAGAGCGGGUAUCGCGGCUUGUCGGAUUUAACGCAAACGUGCGAGUCUACAGCUCGAACAGUGCCUUGUUGGCCUGGGAAAUUGCAUUUGGCAGCGGCCAGAUCUUCGAUUGGGAGCAUCAGCGCUCCUGUCUGGCAGAAUGCCUGCAGAAGGCGAAAUCUGCUCUUGUGAACGUCCCUGCUGAGCUGUCUCUCUUCCAUCCCAAGAAAAUAUCCUCUGCUGGGUUAUCCGGGCUGAACGAGGACGGCUCGAUAUUUGACUAUCCACAUGAUCACAUCCAUCAGGAACGGCGCGCAAUUCAGUAUGAGAUCCAGAAGGCCAAUAUCUAUGCCAGUCAGCUCUGUACGAGAUCCUACCUUGUUGAGAAAUACUGGAGUCUGUUUGAGACGUUCACGAAAUAUGGCAAUUCAGCGAAAAUAUCUGUCCCGAAGAUUCCUACCUCGCACAUCAAGACCGAAUCCUCAUCAGAAGCACCUACUGAGCCCGCCACAGUGGCGUCCGCAGAUACAACUUCACAGGCUCUGGCCCAUGCACAGACAGACUCCAUUGGCCGCGUGAUGGCCGAAGAGCGAAAGUUGGUCAUUAAGGAAUUCUUCAUCCUCUUACGCACCGUCAACGAAGUAAACAUGGAGCCCAACGGUGCCAGCAUUACAAACAAAAUUCGCCAGGUAGCAUCCACCCUCCUCAAUCAAACAUCAACCACCAUUCCAACUGAAGAUUUAUCCUCAAUUACCGCGGCCGGAGAACACGUCCUCACGGCCGCCGAAGCGGAAUCCUACCUCUUCGCGUUCAUCGACACCCUCAUCCGCCUCGAAGGUCACUCUUCCGCGCCCGUAGACCCUGGCAAUGGGCCUGGGGGCGUGAGUCCACGCGCCAACGGUCGCGCCAUGAGUUAUCUAAGUGACUACGAGCGUGACCAGGAGGAGCUGAGCCAGUGGGCUAGCUUGAAGGAGUACCAGCAGAAGUUUGCGGAAGCAGGGGGUGUCUUGUCGGAGUUAUAG